GGCACGUUUGUAUCCUAACCUUACUGGCGUGCACGAUUUUCGUUCGUCUACGCUCGUCCACGAGCACCACGUGCAAAACUUGGGGAAGAUCCGUAUAUUUUCACGUGCUACAAGAUUUUGCAAAUCGAGUUGAAACAUGUCAGAUCUAUUUGACAGCGGCUCCUUUUCCGACAAGGACGGUAAAGGGAUCGAUCCUGAAUUAGCGGAGCUUCUAAUGGUCGAGAAGCAAAAGGCUCAAUUCAACGCACAGAUUCACGAGUUCAACGACUUUUGUUGGGAUAAAUGCGUCGAUAAGCCAGGAAGUAAAUUGGAUGGCCGCACAGAAACAUGUAUAAACAAUUGCGUCGAUAGAUUCAUAGAUGUUUCCCUUUUUGUUACGAAUCGUUUCGCACAGUUAAUACAAAACUCUGUAGGAAAGUAAGACUUUUGUAGAGUGUCCUGUUAUGAUAGUAACGAUCGUAACAUAGGAUAAGAUAGUAACAUUAAGAUAGUAUCGAUAGUAACAUAGGAUUUUUAUAACCAUAAAUAUUAAAUGUAAUGUUACUAUCAAUUUAAUAUUUGUGAAUGCAAGAUAAAAUUAUAUAUUGUAA